AUGGAUCAUCUUUGUACUUCAGUUUCAGACCAUCUUCCUCUUUUGAUUCAUUGCCUUGAUCAGCCAGUAUCGAAUUUGCAUGUGUCAAAGCGAUUUAGAUUUGAAAAUAUGUGGGCUUUGCAUGGUGAUAUCAAUUCGGUUAUUGAUGAAGUUUGGAAUAAAGAUUGUAAUCAGGAUAUUAAAAGUACUAUUAAUGAUUGUGCUGAAACUUUACAACAGUGGGAUUGCCAUAUUUUUGGUAAUGUGAAAUUUAAUAUUUGGCAAAGGAAGAAAGAUUUGCAAAGACUAUAUAAUGAAGUACAAUUAGGGGCUGAUUUAAAUUCACUAAAUCAAUGUUUGGAUGAUUUGAAUGGCCUCUAUGAUAAGGAGGAAACUAAAUGGAGGCAAAGAGCGAAAAUCAAUUGGUUGAAGGAAGGUGAUCGUAAUUCUAAAACAUUUCAUGCUACUGCAACUAUAAGGCAAAGGAGGAAUGUAAUUUCCUCAAUUGUAGAUGAGAAUGGGGUGCGGGUUGUGGAAAAUGCUAAAAUGGAGAAGAUAAUUGCUGAUUAUUUUCGAGACAUCUUUACAUCGAAUAAUCCGGAUAGAGUGGACUUGGAGUCGGUGGUUGCUUUAAUGAAUUCUCGGGUGUCCCCUGGUAUGAAUAAAUUAUUGUGUCGGGAUUUUGAUGAAGAGGAAGUGCGUGCAGCAGCAUACCAAAUGGGUCCAAAUAAAUCACCAGGCCCUGAUGGUUUCACUCCUUUCUUUUAUCAGAGGUUUUGGAGUAUAGUUAAGGAUAAUGUAUGUCGUUCAGUCUUAGAUUUUCUUAAUCGAGGAGUUCCUAUUCCAGAUAUCAAUCAUACACUUGUUGUUCUAGUACCCAAGUGUGAUAAUCCACAAUCUCCUAAAGAUUUUCGUUCGAUUAGCCUGUGUAAUGUUCUCUUUAAAAUUAUUUCUAAAGUUUUAGUAAAUAGAUUGAAGAUGGUGUUGCCACAGAUAAUCGGGCCAAAUCAGAGUGCUUUUGUACUGGGUAGACAGAUCUUUGAUAGCUCGAUGAUAGCCUAUGAAACCAUUCAUUAUAUGAAGAAUAAGAGACAAGGGGGUAAGAGGCACAUGGCAUUGAAGUUGGAUUUGAGUAAGGCCUAUGACCAGGUGGAAUGGCCUUUUCUUGAAGGGAUAAUGAGAAAGAUGGGAUUUACAGAAAGAUGGAUUUCCCUAGUAAUGAUAUGUGUGCGCACAGUCACUUACUCAAUUCAAGUCAAUGAGGUUCAAACUAGUACAAUAUUCCCGAGUAGAGGUAUUCGCCAAGGAUUGGUAAAAAUAAGAGAGUGGGGUAGUACUGAUACUAAUAGGAAGAUUCACUGGAAAAUUUGGGAUUCUCUAUGUAUUGCAAAGUUAGAUGGUGGUUUAGGAUUUCGAGACUUUGAAGCUUUUAAUCUUGCUCUGCUGGCAAAGCAGUGUUGGAGGUUAAUUCGCGAGGAAUCAUCGCUUUGUUGCAGGGUUUUCAAAGCCAGAUAUUUUAGAGAUGAAACAUUCAUGAGAGCAACUUUGGGUUCUAACCCUUCGUUUGUGUGGCGUAGUUUAAUGGCGGGAAGAGAAGUGUUGAAGAAAGGUUGUCGAUGGAGGAUUGGUGAUGGGAUGAGUGUCGAUAUAUGGCGUGAUGAAUGGUUGAAUAAUCCACCUGCAUUUCGUCCGACACCUAGACCUGGAACGAUUUGUCAAAGUAACCCAGUUUCGGUGUUGUUUGAUGAUCAGGGGCAAUGGGAUGUUGAUUUAGUUCGAGAAUUGUUUGUGGAUGAUGAUGUAGCAAGAAUAUUAAGUGUUCCUUUUUUUACUCAAGUAAGCCGCGAUGAGUUAAUUUGGAGCCAUUCGAAAAAUGGCUAUUAUACAGUUCGUAUUGAAUAUCAUGUUGCUAGGAUGAUUUUGGGAAGAUCGAGUCCAGUUAUGGUGUUGAGGGAAGUGAAAUGGAGGCUUCUGUGGGGAGCCUUGGUUCUUCCUAAAGUUAAGUACUUCAUGUGGCGCUUGGUGACGGGCAUUUUGCCAACAAAAAAGACCCUGCAGCAAAAGGGAAUUGAAAUUUCGAGUACUUGCGAAAUGUGUGGUGCAAUGGAGGAUUCUCUAUUUCAUAUCUUCUUCUCAUGUCCUUUUAGUCAGAGAGUUUGGGAUACAGUUUGUCCUUGGCUUCGAAACUAUUUGAAUAAUUGGGAGAGACGAGAUAAAUCGUGGGAAUGCUUAUUGAUAAAGGCUCAGAAUUUGGGAACUAUUGAAAUUGUAUGCGUAGUGUUAUGGCUGCUUUGGAUGAAUAGGAAUAAAGUGAUACAUGAGAGAAUUUGUGCUCUGCCAUCUGUUUUGGUUAUUAAGGCGACUCGCCUAGUUCAUGAAAUGGAGCAAUCUCAAUGUCGAAGGGAGAAUAAUGGGGUACUACAAAGAAUGGUGCAUGUAUGGAGUCCUCCAGCACGAAAUUGUUUUAAAGUUAAUGCAGAUGCUGUUUUUCAUGCUUCACGAAAUGAGGCUGGCCUUGGGGUGGUAAUUAGGGAUUCGAGGGGAGUGGUGUUCUUAUGUGCUACAGCACGGAUUGAUCAUGUACGUGAUGUUCUUUUUGCAGAAAUUUAUGCAUUACAAUUUGGUUUAUUAGUGGCAAAAUCCUACAAUUUAGUAGAUUGUGAAGUGGAAAGCGACUCAAGUUUGGCUAUAUCUGAGAUUAAUAAGUUAGAAGGCUCGUUGUGGGAGGGUGGGGUCCUAGUGGAUCAAAUUAGGCAUAUCGCUUCUUUGUUUCAUUCUUGUAAAUUUAGUUAUGUUAAUCGUGUAGCUAAUAAAUUUGCACAUGAAUUAGCCCACUUAGAUUGUGAGGUUGGAUUCAAUUGUGUUUGGAGCGGGGAUUCUCUGCCCGUUUGUAAUCCAGAUUGUUAA